AUGCUCAGGUUAGAGCACUUUGCCACUGGUGGUGGUGGUGCCGGCGGCGGCGCCGGCGCCGGCGAAGAAGUGCAAUUGGCGCUGAACUUCGAGAAGGCUUACUGCGAGUAUCGCCUGAACCAGGUCAACGAGGCGCUAGAAACUCUGAAACUGUCCGAUGCAAACGCUGAUUUUGCCAGAGGUGAGUUGAAAAUUCAGGCGCUGUAUCGCAUCGAGGACUACGAGCAGUCCUACGCCAGCUACAACGAGCUGAUCAAAAAUUCCGAUGACGACUACGAGGAUGAACGGUACGUCAACCUGACUGCGGUCCUCGCCGGCCUGUCGCUGGAGAAGGCUGGCGACGUCAACGACGCGGACUUUCUCGACCUGAGCGAAAAUACCUACGAGAUCGUCUACAACAAGGCGUGCAUCCUCAUCGGCAAGGGCCAGUACGAGGCGGCGGUGAAGAAGUUGGAGCAGGCGGAAGAGUCCUGCCGAAAGUUUCUCGAAGAGGACGGCGCCAAUGAGGAGGAGAUCGAGGCGGAGUUGGCCAUCAUCAAGGCGCAGAUCGUCUUCUGCCAGCAGAAGCUCGGAAAGAGCGAACUCUCGCUGAAGAACUACANUUGGAGCAGGCGGAAG